GAAUGCGGCUGCGCCCUCUCAUUGGCACGGUUACAUCUUUCACCGGUGAUGGCGGCUACAUAAAUCAGAGUACAUUAUUUCUACGCGCCGCUCUUUCUGAAGGUUAUGAGCCAAUGAAAGGAGAUUGGGUGCAAGCAAAAUAUUUCAUCAGUCCUACCCAGUGGGCCACCCAAGCUCAUUCUGUGGCGCCUUUACGCUACAGCCGACUAGAUCGGGUGCGUGUGACCAGUGUUUAUGGUAACAGUGGAGUGGUGGAGGACAGUGUUUUCUUCAGUUUGGAUUCUUUACUGCUACCUGCCCACUACCAGCCUUCGCCAGGACACCAGGUCAACCUGGUCAUGGUUGAGAGCAGCCAGUCCUUUUACUCUUGGCGCGCCCUGUGCAUGGCACCUUGCAUUCAAAGCACAAAUGGUCCAGCUAUAUCCCUCCAUGAAGCUGAGCCCCAGAACAUCUUACAAAACAAAGAAGGGCUGGAAAUCUCAAACUAUGGCCAGUUUGGAGACUUGAUGAUUGGGGAGAGCAUUUCUCUUGUGUUCUGGAUUCAAAAUAAAAGCUCGGAGACCUUCAAGCUAAAGUGCUGUGACUUUGCUGGCUGGGACUCUGAAGAACAGUUCACUGUUGUCGCUGUCAACGAACGCAGAUCACUCAGGGAGACGCCAAAGUCUUUGCAAGAAAACUGCUCUGAGUCCUCAGGGAGAGAACGAGGUAGAGAUGCAAAAGAGGUAGACGGGGAGAAAGGUGCGACGCAAAACGACACUGUCCAUCUCCGUGGAGUAAGAAGAGAAGAAACAGAGGUGGAAAUAUCACCUGGGCAAAGGCUGUCUGUUGCGAUAGCCUGCCAAGGAAAGAGCUUGGGAAGCUGUGCUGAGCUGCUUCUGUUGCACUUCUCUUCUUUCACCAUCGGGAGGCGCCUGGAGGUCACUGUAAGCAGUCAGGAUGAAAACUUGCUGCAUCCUUCUGAGCCCUACUGCCCCACUGAUGCCCCGCAACCUUCCAAAACAACCUCUCGUGUCAUCACUGUAUCUGCUCCAAAAUCAACAAGGUUUUGCAAACGAUGGCUACCAAACUUCCUUCCAGGCUUCCCGGUGCCUCAGUCUCUAAGAGACUGUGUCGAAGCAGAGAAUGAUGUGUUGGUGAUUCAGCCCUGCCUGGGAGAGGCGCUGUCACCAUCCAACGUGAAUGCACGCUUCUCCGCCCUGCUCUGGCUGGAGGAGCUUCACGCAGAGCGAGAGAUGAGAGAAUUCUCGAUCAACGGAGCCCUUCUCAGGAAAGGUGCCGUCUACCUGCACCUGGAGGUGCUCGGCUUGGCUGAAGGCAGGCCAAAGCUCAAUCUAGGGGACAGAAUAGUACUGAAGAAACCAGUGAAUGAUAACGCUGUCAUGGAGUAUGUUACCUAUGUCGCAGAGAUCCAUGAUGAGGACGUGAGUUUAAGAGUAAACUCCGACUUUCAGCACAGAUACCUCGGUGAACCUCUCAAUGUUGAGUUCUCUUAUAACAGGUUGACUAUGAGGCGGUGUCACAACGCACUUGACCAGACGAAACAUUUUUGGGGGGCUCUCUUCCCGUCCAGUUUGACACUUCAGACUCCUCAGUGGACCGGAGAAUGGAUAGAAGACAACAAAAAAGCGGAGGACACGGAGAGUCCAGCUGCUUUGAAUACAGAAGGGUCAAACAUUUCCACUGAUGCCAAUUCCAAGGCCACACAGACCAAAAGCACAGAUGGUAGACUGGCAUCCAAAUCGAUUCCCAGCAAAGGGGAUUUUUUUAACCCCAACCUAAACGCUCCUCAGAGAGAGGCGGUGAAAAUGAUCCUGGCAGGAGAAUGUCGGCCCAUGCCUUACGUGCUGUUUGGACCUCCAGGCACUGGAAAGACCAUCACUCUCAUAGAAACAAUAUUGCAGGUCUACCACUUUCUGCCCAGUACUCGGGUACUUGUAUGCACUCCAUCUAACAGCGCUGCUGACCUUGUCUGCAUCCGCCUGCAUGAUAGCGGCUUCCUGGAUGCUGCAGGUCUGGCCCGUGUGAAUGCGUCCUGUAGAGAUCAUGAGUCUAUCCCAGAAGUUUUGCGUCCAUACUCGAGGGCUGGAGAAGACAUCCGCCAUGCUGCUUUUCACAGGAUUGUGGUGUGCACCUGCUCCAGUGCUGGCAUGUUUCAAAACAUAGGAAUACAAGUUGGACAUUUUACCCAUAUGUUUCUGGAUGAAGCUGGGCAAGCCACGGAGCCAGAGUCGCUGAUUCCCAUCAGCUUCAUCUCGGAGAGAGAUGGACAGAUAGUGCUGGCUGGAGAUCCGUGCCAGUUGGGCCCGGUAGUGAAGUCGAAGCUAGCCAAGGCUUUUGGUCUGGGAUUGUCUAUGCUGGAGAGGCUGAUGGCCAACCCACUGUACUCCAAACACGACUGGGGGUAUAACCCUAGACUGGUGACUAAGUUGAUCUACAACUAUCGUUCCCAUGAGGCCCUGAUCACGCUUCCCUCGAAGCUCUUCUACCAGGGGGAGCUUUGCUUUAAAGCUUCAGCAGCUACGGUUGAGUCCCUCUGCCAGUGGAAAAGCCUGCCCAGAAAAGGCUUCCCUCUCAUUUUCCACGGUGUCAGGGGCUCAGAAAUGAGAGAAGGCAACAACCCAUCAUGGUUCAACCCAGUGGAGGCUGUGCAGGUCAUGAUGUACUGCUGCCAGCUGGCAAAGAAGCUCUACAACCCUGUCAGUGCCUCUGAUAUUGGCAUUAUCGCCCCCUACAGAAAACAGAGCGAGAAGAUUCGAGUGCUGCUGUGUAAGGUGGGUUUGUCUGACAUCAAAGUUGGCUCGGUGGAGGAGUUCCAGGGACGAGAGUUUCUGGUCAUCAUCAUGUCAACAGUGCGCUCUAAAGAGUCACUGCAGAGUGAUGAUUUACAGAGUACGCUCGGCUUUUUGGCCAACCCCAAACGCUUCAACGUGGCUGUUACUCGUUCCAAAGCGCUGCUUGUGCUUGUUGGAAACCCCCACAUUCUCAUUAAGGAUCCAUGCUUCAGGGCCUUGCUGCAGUACUGUUAUCUCAAUGGGGCGUAUCUGGGCUGCGACCCCCCUCUUUCACUUAGAGAAUCUACGCCGUAA